UUAAGCGUUAUACAAAUUCUUUUACAUAAAUAUUUUUAGAUAAAUAUUUUGUCAAUUAAACGGCAUGUGGAGGACGAGUCAAGUUAAUGGAUUUGCUUUAUAUUCAAUAAUUUUUCUUUUUAAUAUUCGUUAUGGAAUUGAAUGCCAGCAUACAUGGCUUGACGAUCGCUUUGUUCCUCUCUUGAGAGAUUUUCGCUUCUUAUUAAGACAUAUAACGGAUCCUGCUAGUGAUAAUGAACAUAAACUGAAUUUAUUAAAAGAACGGGGUAAGCUUCAAGAAAAAACUGCAUAUCCUUUAUUAUCGAAUUGUGAUACGAAAAAUGGUCCAGGAGCGCGUAGUUUGCAAAUACCUAACAGUGUGCAUCGCUUACGGCCGGGAGAUAUUGAUAUAGUUGGUGCUAUCGGAGAUUCGUUGACAGCGGGCAAUGGUAUUUUAGCCACAAAUAUUUUACAAGUUUCUACUGAAAAUCGUGGAAAAUCUUGGUCAGGAGGCGGUGAAGGAAAUUUACAGCAAUUUUUAACUUUACCCAAUAUUCUAAGGCAAUUCAAUCCUAAUUUAUACGGAUAUAGUUUAAGAGAUAGUUUGACUAUUGAAAGAGACUCAAAAUUUAACGUAGCCGAGCCUGGGGCAAUGUCUCGCGAUAUGCCGUACAUGGCGAAAAUAUUAGUUAAACGCAUGAAGCAUGAUCCUCGAGUCAACAUGACACACCACUGGAAAAUGAUUACUUUUUUCAUUGGUAGCAACGAUUUUUGCUCCGAUGUUUGCUUUUAUUCAAAUCCGAUGGAUGCAAUUGACUUCCAUGAAGCGAAUAUGCUCAAAACGUUUCGUUAUCUUCGUGAAAACGUACCUCGGUUGUUGCUUAAUGUUGUGCCUGCACUCAAUUUGUCCUUCUUAACCGAAUUCAAAAAUCUGCCACCUAUAUGUUAUACGACACUAACGGCAUCGUGUCCAUGCAUCAUCAGAAGAUCUAGAGACCAUCAGCGAUUUAUGGAUCAGCUAAUGAAAAGGUGGCAGGAACGGGACUUGCAAAUAGCCGCAAGAGACGAAUUCAACACGGAGACUUUUACUAUAAGUAGUCCUGAUUUUUUCGUAAACUUAACUUAUCCCACUCUACCAAAUGGCGAUACCAAUACGAAGUAUGCUUCCGAGGAUUGUUUUCAUAUAAGUCAACGAUUCCACGCACAUGCGGUCAAUCUCUUCUGGAAUAAUAUGUUUAAAAGCCGUGAGGAUAAGCAACCCAUGUCCGUCGAGGUAUUUGACCAACUAAAUUGUCCAACAAAAGAACGCCCAUAUCUUGUUACACGCCUUAAUAAUGAAAUAGAUUUUUCGGUUUAAAUUAAUUAUCACUUUUCUCAAUAU